AUGGUUUCGAUGGUGACGUAUCUCCAGGAUGGAAAUGCUCAACUGAUCAUCUGGAGAGGCGAAGCCUGGAGGAGAGGAGGUUCAGGGAGGCUGGGUGAGAUAUUUGCCUCCCAGGUGGACAAGACCAGUCGAUCUGUACGAUGGGACAAUACAAUGGUACAGUGGCGGGUGAGAUCCCAGGCGAAUCUCCGCCUCAAACAGAGCGAGGCACCAGACGGAGUCGGUAGGACGGCCAGACACAAGGCAGCAGAUGUCUGUGAGACGCCAAAGAACAACACUGCGGUUCAUCCAUUGGGAGGCCCACUGAGCGACCGGCAGCGACGAAAUCUGAUGCCAUUCCAGGCCUCCCGCUAUCCGACAUAUGGACAGGCGAUUCCCACAAACAGCUGUCUCAGUGUGAAAGUCUUUGAAAGAGGACGUAGAAACAAACGCCAGUGCACGUGGUCCAUUGCAAGAUUCCGCUCCGGGUAUCACCGCUCCGCUUGGCGCAGAGUACCCUCCCACAAGCCGCACCCAAAGGCUCCCAUCUGA